CACAAUCAAAAGGCUAAUUAAAGAAUAUGUUCACGAGACCGAAUUUUCGUGGGCAUUUCGCAAUACCACGGUACUAGUGCGGUCAAAUUCCCAGUCUUUCGAUCCCUCUGUAGGAGUCAUCUCCUUUCCUUCUUACAGGUACUUGGGUUCAUUUCCAGCAUCUUUUGCUUCGAUACAUCGUGGGAGAAUCACGUUUCCAGAGGCAGGGAUACAGGCCAGAAUCGCCAGUUUCGAGAAGCCGGUGGGCUCUAGACGGUUGCGCCGAGGGGGCGGUCGAUAUGGUGAAUUCGGACCAGGAUCAAUCGGGCACGGCCCACUCUCUGGGGAAAAAAGUUCUUUGUCUUUUGUUUCAGUACGUCGCGGAGAAGGGUAUUUCCUACUUUCAAACGGAGAAUCAGGCUUCCGGAGGCAGAGCUACAGGCUCUAGAGGGAGGGUGAGACAACAAUCGGAAAACCCACAUCAGAAUCGUAAUUUCCGGCAGAAUUCAGGCCAGAACCGCCAGCAUCGAGAAGCCGGUGGGCCCCAGUCGGGCGGGCAGAGGGCGGUGACCCAUGUGAAGAAAUCCGGCCGGGGUGGAUCGUUCCGUGAUCCGGCCACGCCCCACUCGCCGGCGCCUAGAGGGAAUGGCGGCGAUGGCGGGAGAGGCUCUGGUGGCCGGGGAGGCGGCGGGAGAGUUGGGGCCCACCACGUGGCUCGCCAACCGGCUGCGACGACCGCCGCACUCGCCACAACAGGAUCCUCAGGACAAGCAAGCCGACCCACUAACAAUUCCUGUUCGAUUAUCCUCAAAGGAUCAUCUGCAAAUGCUAUACAUGUUUCUGGUGCAACAACCCAAUGUCGCUCGUUGAAUCAGUGCUCUGUGCAUAUCUCGUGGCCGAUGUGACAAGGACACUGUUAGAUGCGGCUCUAUGACUAGAGAUAUGCUAGAUUUCCUUUUUCGUUUAUUUGAUAUUUAUGUUUUAUGAGUGAAAAGAGUUUUAUGGAUGAUGUAUUUGAAAUAUUUUAUUUGGUUGUGGUCUGGAUGAUUAAUAAUAUUAAUAGAUGAAGUUUAUUUUA